GAGAAAAAAAAAACACAAAUGGGAUCUAAAAGAAUUAUCAUGUUUCUGGAUCUAAAUAAAUGGAGACAAAAUACGGCAAGCUUCUCUUUGCUCGUACGCAGAUACCAAACUCAACUCUCAAAGAGGUUGAUGUCACUGCCUCUGGAGCACGAUUACAUCGCCCUCACGGAGCGCCCCUCCGCGGCGGCCGCUUCGCAGGAUGGGGUUCUCAACCUCAAGGAGACGGAGCUUCGGUUAGGCCUCCCUGGGUCGGACUCACCCGACCGAGACGGCAAGGUUGGCCUCACUCUCGAGCUGCUUCCGCCGAAGAGCUUCUUCACUGGCGGGAAGAGGGGAUUCACUGACGCCUUGGAUGCGGGAGCAGGGAAGUGGGGUUUAGCUGCUGGUGGGGGUGGAUCUGAGAAGGAAAUGUCCAACGGCGGCGCUUUGUUCUCUCCCAGGAGGGAUGGGGCUCGCUGCGGGAAGACGGCUGUGCUAGGGAGUGCCUCCAAGGAUCUCGGAACGAAGGUGUCCGGCCACGACUCGAAGCUCUCUGUGGGGAAUUCUGAAAACCAGCGUGAAACUGCUCCUGCUGCAAAGGCACAGGUUGUUGGUUGGCCACCAAUCCGGAGCUACAGAAAGAACACAAUGGCUACUAACCCACCAAAGAACAAAGAAGAAGUGGAUGGAAAACCUGAGUUGGGUUGCCUUUAUGUCAAGGUUAGCAUGGAUGGUGCUCCUUAUCUUAGGAAAGUUGACUUGAUAACCUAUAAUGACUACAAAGAACUUUCUUUGGCACUUGAAAAGAUGUUCAGUGGUUUCACCGUUGGAAUUCCAACCAGAGAUGGUCUAUCUGAGAGCAGGUUGAUGGUUCUCUUAAAUGGAUCUGAAUAUGUUCUUACUUAUGAAGACAAGGAUGGAGAUUGGAUGCUUGUUGGUGAUGUACCAUGGAAGAUGUUCACUGACUCCUGCAGAAGAUUGAGGAUCAUGAAGGGUUCUGAUGCAAUUGGACUCGCUCCAAGGGCCAUGGAAAAGUGCAAGAACCGGAACUAGGGAGCUUUAAUUUCGUACCGUAGCCGAAAGGUUCUUCUUGAGUCAGAAGUUAAGGGUUUUAAUUAGCAAGUGUUUUAUAUAUAUAUCUGUGGUUUGGAAUUUUAUAUUGACUAAGACUUUGUUGUUGGCUAAUCUCUAUAUGACCUUGUCGGAGUCAUGCUUUCUCUGUUAAGUCUACAUCUUUUCUGUAUACUGUGUAUGUUAGUGUUUGCUUGCUUUUCCACU